AUGACCUCUCCCUCAGAAACUACGGCUCCAGAGCAUGUGCAUUCAGGGUGUUUAGGAGAUUUAAGCUACACCUCUAAUGUUCUGGUUCAGAGUUAUACGGCGCUCUAUUUCAUAACAGAAGCAGCCUUCAACAGUGGCCUGAAUCCUCAUGUCUACGUGACUUAUCGCCACAUAGUGCGGCGUAGUUAUGUUCCCUGCCAAAGACUAUUAUCAAUAUUUCUGGAGAUAUCUUUGCUUUCUUUCAUCGGAGUUGGAUUAACCCUUAACAUGUAUUUUGCAAGUAUGAGAUACACCUCUCCAACCUUCAUCACAGCGAUGAUUAAUACUACCUCGUGCUUGACUUUCUUAUUUGCAGUCAUUCUCAGGUUGGAGCAUGUUGAUGUAAGAGAUCGUAGUGGGAUUGCUAAAAUCCUGGGAACUCUAAUAUCGUUAGCUGGGGUCACAACCAUGACUUUGUACAAAGGACCUGCAGUGCAUAGCCUCAAGGACGUUGCAAUCCACAUCGGAAAUAACUCUGUUCAUGAGAACUGGAUGAAAGGAUCAAUUCUGGUUGUUGCAAGUUGUAUAUCAGCCUCUGUAUGGUACAUUCUGCAGGCAUCUACAUUGAAGAAGUAUCCGGUAGAACUGUCACUUACAGCAUGGUUAAACUGUAUUGGUGGAGCACAAUCGGCAGUCUUCACAAUACUCAUAGAGCAUAAAUCGGCUGCGCCGUGGUUGGUUACCUCUACCAUCGGUUUCUGGUCCAUCGUAUAUUCUGGAGUUAUAUGCUGUGGUUUGACCAUCGCCAUUCAACUAUGGUGCACAAAACAAAAAGGCCCAGUUUUUGUAACUAGUUUUAAUCCCCUUACAACAGUAAUGGUGGCGAUUCUAGCCUACUUGGUUGUUGGUGAAAAACUGCUCAUGGGCAGUAUAGUGGGAGGAAUCAUAGUAAUUGUUGGUUUAUACACCCUAUUGUGGGGCAAAGAAAGAGAUCAACAUUUCUGCCAGCCACAAGAGCAAACUUUCCCCAACUGUGACGAGCAGAAGGAGCCAAAGAACCAAAUAUUAACUUCAACAGAAGCAGAAAUACCUUGACGAGACUAAUCCUGCCUUAAAAGGGUACCUGACAUUGUAUCCCGAGCCAAAUACUCUGGAAAUAGGAAUAAAACGAUGUGAGGCAAGCUAGCUUUAAAUCUUUGAUUUGUGUCACAAGGCGAGCAAGGUGUCACAGAAUUAGGUAAAAGAAGAUUAUGAUGAUAAUUUUUAACUGAAAUAUGAGGUACAAAAUGUUGAUCUGAUAUAAUUUUAUGCCACAGGCAUGGUAGAUAUUGAAAUUGAUA